AUGGGUGAAGGCAACGGCAUGAUGGAUCCUCAUGAACUUCACAGCGCUUUGGUGCCCAUCAACGGCAGCCACUCAGGCUCCUCUGGUAGAAGUACACCAAACGCAUCGAAUGAUCCAGCUCCUGGAAAAUUGUUUGUUGGCGGCUUAAGUUGGCAGACGUCCAGCGAAAAAUUGAAAGAAUAUUUCGGCAUGUUCGGCAAUGUUACAGAUGUCUUGAUAAUGAAGGAUCCAGUUACACAGAGAAGUCGAGGCUUCGGUUUCAUCACAUUCUCAGAACCAUCAAGUGUAGACAAAGUACUGAAGGUUCCAAUACAUACAUUGGACGGAAAAAAGAUCGACCCAAAACACGCAACACCGAAAAACAGACCAAAGCAACCAAACAAGACUAAAAAGAUAUUCGUAGGAGGCGUCAGUCAGGAUACAUCAGCUGACGAGGUUAAAGCCUAUUUCAGUCAAUUUGGAAAAGUAGAGGAGACUGUAAUGUUAAUGGAUCAGCAGACCAAAAGACACAGAGGAUUCGGAUUUGUAACCUUCGAGAGUGAAGAUGUUGUUGAUAGAGUUUGCGAAAUACAUUUUCACACUAUUAAAAACAAAAAGGUGGAAUGUAAAAAAGCACAACCCAAAGAAGCAGUUCAAGCUAGUGCUCAACUAUUAGGUAAACGACUAAUGCUCACAGGAUUGGGCAUGCGUGCCAUAGCUCCCGCACCAGGAGUGCUAGCCACAGUAAACCCACUAGCAACAGCUCAAGCGCAAGCACAUGUACAGGCCGUACAAGCUGCCGCAGCAGCCGCUCAAGCCCAACCUCUUGCAUUAGCGACUUACGGAAAACUGUUUGGUGCCUACCCACAUUUGGCCAGUUACCGUUAUUCCCCUUAUCCAAUAGCAGCAGUCAGUGCAGGCACAGCAGCUACCCAGAAUCCUGCUCCAGCACCUGCAGCUCAUACGCCUGCACCUCCCGCAAUGGCGCCUCCAGUCGCUGCUAGCCCUUACCAAGGCUACAAUCUCACAAAUGUUGAUAUGUCAUCAUUUCAGGGAGUUGAUUGGGGAUCCAUGUAUGGUGUCGGCAUGUAUGUCUAA